AUGCCGGACCAGAAGAACGAUAGUAAGAAGAGCGGUCUGCGUGGUAUAUUCAAACGGAAAGAGUCCAGUCCAGGCUCCGCAAAACCUGCCAGCGAUACGAUCAGCAAGCCGCAAGACGAGCAGAGUCAGCGACCACGAGUUCGGAGGACAUACACACCUCGAUAUGUUGAGCGAGACAUGAUCUUGUCAGUACCUGUGGAAGAUCGACCUGAUCUGGUUGCCAAGGCAAAGGAGACGAAUUUGAAGCGGACGUGUUCAGAUAUUGGCUUUUCCACCGGCUCUUCUUCACGGUCAUCAUCUUCGCAUGCCAGAACAGCAUCGCUGAACUUGAACGCAGUUUCAACACAUCCGAACCUGCACAUCAGCCGUAAUGCUACAUUUGAUCCAGCGACUCCGGGUAGCUCCAGCAGCAGUCUACGCAGUUUGGCGAUGCAGAGGCACUCGUCGAUGCCAGCAGUACCUCUUUACAGGGACAUGCAGUGGAAGGGCCUCUCAUACAACGGGCCGCCUGCCUUUCCCCAGAGGCCACGCCCAAGAACCAUACAAAGCCAGGCGAACAUACCACAGAUGAUUCCAGAGUCGCAGGUCGAGAACGUGGAUGGAGCCAUGCAGGAGAUGAGUCUUUCUGCUGAAGAAGGCGAGCAGGCGGAUAAUGAUGCGUCUAGCAGAGCAUCGACGCCAAGCUUUGGCUACACACCGGAGAUUGCUCGACGUCCCAACCCGGCACCUGUGCGGCAAAAGCCUUACUUCACUCACAAGGGACCACUCCCAGACUUGCGGUCCAAGACAGACAAGGGUAAAGGGAAGGAACAAGCAGGGGACUGGGAAGUGGAGGAAAGCACAUCUUCUGAUGUAUACGAACGGCCAUCGCACCGAGCCUGGGAUGAGCCAAUGUCGAACUAUGUGAUCAGCACGAAGCCCCUGCGUGCUUCUCAGACCUCCCCAGCCCGUCUGGCGCCCCCACCGCCACCGCCACCUUCAAACUCAGGAUCAUCUGCAUCGUCAGCAUCGAACAAUUUCGUUGAACAGACAAAAGACUCACGGGCCCCUUCACUUACCGAAUCCGAGUCCAACACGACAGAUCGAUCCUCUGCGUAUAUCCGUGGUUCGCCGAGGAGCAGUUCAGUCAGCACAGCCUUGACCAGUGACGCCGAGGAUGGCAAGACGGAAAAGACAGUGAAGCUGGAAGACGAAUCUGGCGAGUCCGUGAAGUCCAGUCCAUACGCCGAGGGUGAGGAUGAGACGGAGUCGAAGCACGCCGACACCAUUCAGCGGGCUGAGGUGUCUCUGUGA